AUGGUAGAGAGCACCUACGCGAGUGACUCGCCCAGAUCGCGUUCUCCGAUGACGGAGCCGUCGAGCCCUCUGCAAGAUGGUCCCGGUAUAUCCGGCUACGGGCAUCGUUAUCUGUACAAUUAUUCGCCGGAGAGCUUGCAAUUGAAGCUGAAGAACAACGAGGAACAGAAUUGCAUCGGUGGACGAAGGCACGACCUCGAGAAAGUGUUCGCCAGGGGUUCGUUGACCUCCGAGGAGCUGCGAUUCAGACCCCGCGACGUCUCCAGACCCAGCUCCUCGGCGACCAUGUCCUCGCCCACGUCCGCGUUCACGAUCGAGAAUAUUCUGGCGCCUAGGCCGAUCGGUAACAUGACAGCUGGGAAUUCCACGGGGUUGGGAUCGAUCGUUCAGAAUCCAGAAGCUGUCGGCACGAGGACGACCGCCGCGAUGCAUCCGCUGCAACAGCAGAUACAUCAUCUGGCCUUCACAUCCGCUGAUCUAUUUGCCGCCGCGUAUCCCAGUUUGUAUUCCGGCGGGUACGUGGCAGCAAUGGCGGCCGCCGGCGUUUCUCUCCACGGGCAGCCGGCUUUCUAUCACGCGACUCAUCCUUAUCAAAUAAAUCCGAACGCGGCUGCGGUCGGUCCGAUGGCGAAGAGGAAACGCCGACACAGGACGAUAUUCACCGAGGAGCAAUUAGAACACCUGGAGGCGACCUUCGACAAAACGCACUAUCCAGACGUGAUACUGAGGGAGCAGCUCGCGCAGCAGGUCGAUCUUAAGGAGGAAAGGAUCGAGGUAUGGUUUAAGAAUCGACGCGCAAAAUGGCGCAAACAAAAGCGAGAAGAGCAGGAGCACAUGCGAAAGCUUCAGUUGGAGCAGCGACAGCGCACCGACGACAACGUGCCCGCUGCCACCGUCAAGAUAGCGGAUCAUUUGCUGUUGACCAGACAGCAGCAACAACAGCAGCAACAACAAAUGCCGCGCGAACAGGACAGCGACAGUUCCGAUCUGGAGGUCGCGUAG